AUGGCCGUCUUCGCUUCACUUAAAUUGUGCACUCUACUUCUGCUGUCCGCACUCCCAGGCUCUUAUGCCUACAGCCGCGCAGACUGUCAGGCGCCCACGGCCAACCCCCUGGAUGGUUGCAGCCCCGGAACGCUCCUUGUGAGCGCCAACGGUACCACGACCACCAGCAACACGACUUUCAGUUCGAUCCAGUCCGCCAUCCUCUCCCUCGGCAACACGACCACACCGGCCACCAUCCUCGUGCUGCCGGGCACCUACACCGAGCAAGUCAACAUCACGCGUCCCGGGCCCGUCACCCUCCUCGGCCAGACGGCAUCGCCCAACAACGCCACCAGCAACGGCGUCACCGUCCUCUGGCGGCAGGCGACGGGCAACGCGGUCAACAGCUUCGACAACGCCUACACGUCUGUGCUGACGGUGGCGCCGACGCUCGAGAGCAGUCUGACCGGCAGCGGGCCGACGGGGCACGCGGUGCCAGCAGACACGCCGUUCGGCAACGCCGAUUUCCGCGCGUACAACGUCGACUUCGUGAACGACUAUGCGCCGUACUCGGCCGGGCCGAGCCUGGCAAUCAGCGUCAGCUACGCGAACGCCGGGUUUUACUACUGCGGGUUCUACAGCUACCAGGACACGAUCUACAUCGGCAAGCUCGGCAACGCGUACGUGUACGGCUCGACGAUCGCGGGGCAGACGGAUUUCCUGUACGGGUUCGGCACGGCGUGGAUGCAGUCGUCGCUGCUCUCGCUGCGGUCCUGCGGCGGCGGCAUCACGGCGUGGAAGGGCACCAACACGACGUUCGCCAACAAGUACGGCGUCUACGUGCACGGCUCGGAGGUGCGCAAGGCCAACGCGUCGCUCACAGACAUUGCCGGCCAGUGCGCGCUCGGGCGGCCGUGGAACGCGCAGCACCGGAGCAUCUUCGCCGACACGUACCUGGACGACUCGAUCAAGGCCGGCGGGUACAUUCCGUGGGGGGCGACGGAUCCGAGGACGAACAACUACACCUUCAUGGCCGAGUUUGGCGAUUUUGGGCCGGGCUGGAACGAGACGGGCAGGAGGGCGGCGAACGUGACGAGGCUGUUGACAGCGGACGAGUAUGAGCCGUACGACGCUGUGGAGAAGGUGUUUCAGUGGCCGUUUAGCGGCGAGUUUGGGAAUACCGCGUGGAUUGACGCGAGCCCGGACGCGUAG